AUGGGCAGUACACCUGAAGAAGAGAAUUCGGAGGCCGAUUUGAACAAAACAGAGUUCGAGGAGGAGAAGGUGAAAUACAAAGGAAUACGGAAGCGGAGGUCAGGAAAGUUCGUUGCGGAGAUCGGAGAUCCGAAAAAACGCGGUAACGUUCGGCUGGGUACCUUUCUUUCUCCGAUUGAAGUUGCAAAAGCUUAUGAUAAAGCGGCUUUUAAAAUGCGUGGGACCAAAGCCAACCUUAAUUUUCCUCUUGACUUUGGCAUUUCACCGGAGGACUCAACUAAAACUAAGAAUGGCAUCGUUGGCCGGAAAAGAACCAAAGAUGUUAGUGAGGCGGAGGCAAAAGAUGACGGAUGGCUCAGAUUUGCAGAGGAGGGUAAAUAUGGUGGUGGUGCUGGGUUUGUUUAUACAGAGAGAGGUGUAAAAGAGAGAAGAUAG